CUCGGAACAGGGCGUUUUGAGUUCACAAGAGCAGUCGAGAGUUCAGACUCGUCGCGCUCGCACGCCGUCUCUCGCGCUGCUCGUCGAUCCAUCGCCGGCUCGGCUUCUGAUCUCGCGGGCGGAGGAGCGCGUUGGCGCCAUGGCUCCGGAUCCGGAUUUGGCGGGCGGCGAGCAGGCGGAGCCGCCCGACGACGAGGUGGACGACCCCGACGUCGACGAGGUCGACCCCACCGGCCGCUACUUCCGGUACAAGGAGGUCGUGGGAUCAGGGGCCUUCAAGACAGUCUACAAAGGCUUCGACGUGGUUGAAGGCAUUGAGGUGGCAUGGGCCAAAGUGGAGAUAAACGGCCGGACCAUGGGAUCCCCCAAGGAGAUGCAGCGGCUCAAGACGGAGAUCCAGCUGCUACGGUCGCUCCAGCACAAGCACAUCCUCAAGCUCUACGCCUCGUGGGUCGACAACAAGAAAAGGACGGUCAAUCUCAUCACUGAGCUGUUCACAUCCGGCAACUUGAGAGAGUACCGUACAAAGCACAAGAAAGUUGACAUGAAGGCAAUGAGGCGAUGGGCAAAACAAAUACUGAUAGGGCUAGCCUAUCUGCACAGCCAGAAGCCACCAAUCAUACACAGGGACUUGAAGUGUGACAAUAUUUUCAUCAAUGGGAACCAUGGGAAAGUUAAGAUUGGGGACUUCGGUUUGGCAAUGGUCAUGCAGCAGAGGAAAACACAGAGUAUACAAGGCACCUUAGAAUUCAUGGCACCAGAGAUCUUUGGUGAAAACUACAAUGAGUUGGUGGAUAUAUACUCUUUCGGCAUGUGUAUGCUUGAGAUGGUGACUGGUGAGUGCCCUUACAGUGAAUGUCAGGGCUUUGUUCAGAUAUACAAGAAGAUAUCUGAAGGUGUAAAACCAGUUGCUCUCUCCAAGGUCAAAGAUGCAGAAGUAAGAAGUUUCAUAGAGAGCUGCCUAGCUUCAGCUGCUGAUAGAUUGCCAGCAAGUGAGCUCUUGAAGAGCCCUUUUCUCUUGAAAGAUGACAUCAUCAUCAAUGAUAAUAAAACCUCUAAACCUCUGCAAGAACCUAUAGCAUUCCCACCGAAUUUGGAUUUGGAUCUUGAAGCCACACCAAUUUUUGUAUCUUUGCUACCAAAUGGAACCGUUGAUAACGGGAAGGGGUCUUUCAGCCUAGUGCUUCGAAGGGGUGGAUUUGUACUGGAAGGAGAUAUGAAUGGUAGCAACCCUGUCAAGUUAUUACUAAGGAUUCCUGUCCCCAAUGGUAAAUGUAAGAACAUCGAGUUCGCAUUUGACCUGGAGAAUGAUACAAGUGUUUCGGUGGCUACAGAGAUGGUGCAAGAGCUUGAACUACCUUCUUGGAGCAUGCCUAUUGUGGCCAAGCUGGUGGAUGCCUUCUUGCUCAAAACUGUUCGUGGUUGGAGGCCAUGUGUUCAGGUCGGUCAGAUGAUUCAGGCAGUGCAAAACACUGCAUCCGCGAAUGGAAAAUGCAUCUGAAUCAAUGUUUGUAGCUGAUGCAUUAUUCUGCCCAUUAUAUGUAAAUAUGUCAUGCUCGAAUGCAAUGCCAGGCGUUGCUGACUAAGCACAUCUUCUUUUAUCUGAUGGCUACGAAAGUUUGGGCAUGAUUACUAAUUAAAAUAGUGGCAUAUUUCGUAUUAUCUUUUGUUCUUAUUAUUGACAGAAAAGAGGCUCGAGGAUAACAGAAAUUAAGAAUCCUGUAACAGCGAUCCUUGGUUUGCUCA